AUGAGCAUCAACUUCGCUGAGCCAUCGCGGCUGUCAGCUGGGUUUUACCACAGCCUGGUACUUAGCAAUGACCGGGAAGGUACUUUGAUCGAGGGCGAGCGGCAGUCAGUUUCCCGGGUGUACAGCUUCGGGACGCGGCGGAACUUUCUGCAAGCCACCGCUGGAGACAUCACAGGCAGAGGUCUCGGAGGUUCGGAAAAUCCUGGGUCAGAUGGCAAAGAUUCUUUUUUCAGCGAGCCGCAACUAUUGGACUCCUCUGGGCUGAGUGGGCAAGUGGUCUCUGUAAGCUGCGGAGGCAAUCAUUCUGCUGUCUUGGAGAAACGUCCUGGUGAAGAGGGCGGGCAAGUUUGGAUGUGGGGUUUAGGUAAUGGUGGUCGGCUGGGAAUUGAGCGCCCGCGCAAAAGGAUCGAUCUGGAACAUAUUCUGGACAACUCCCUGUGCGCUGAAGACACGAAGGCGGCGCUCCUGAGUGACAAGACUUACCAUCAGCAAAUCAUGGGCAGUGAGGGAAAGUGGGGUUUGAGCAUGCCGUUCCGUGUCGAUUUUGGCAUGGAUCGGAUCACCUGCGUGAGCUGUGGCACCGACUUCACCUUGGCACUUACAGAGAACGGGGCCAUCUAUGCAUGGGGCAUUGGGAGCUACGGGAAUCUGGGCACCGGGAUGAUCUGCGAUCAGUGGACCCCUGCACUGGUGCAAAUGCCCAGCGAGGUAAAGUGCUGUCAAGUUGCAGCAGGCACCAAGCACUCCAUGGCCUUGGCCACAACCGGUGCCAUGUACUCUUGGGGCCACGGUGGCCACGGCCGGCUGGGUCAUGGCCCAGCUUGUGAAGCGGCUUUAAGGCCGACCCUUGUCCAGAUCGAGGGUGAGAAGAAGCCCCCAGUUUUCAAGUUUGUAGCGGUUGGCGAGGCGCACUCGGCUUCUAUUGACUUGGUGGGCCAGGUCUGGUGCUGGGGUGCCGGCUCCUUUGGCCGCUGUGGCCAUGGGGAGGAGGAUGACAACAUGUACCCGCGGCAAGUGAGUUCCAUGAUUGGGAGAAGCUGCUGCCAAGUUGCGCUGGGAGUUUGUCAUAGCCUGGCACUCACGGUCCGCGGGACGAUCUGGAGCUGGGGAGGCUUUCUUUACACGGGCCACGGCGAAGAUGAUGACAUCGAGACGGCACGGGAGCUAGACGCUGAGAAUCUGAAGGGUCAGAAUAUCGUGGAGAUUUGUGCUGGCCGCUUCCACUCCUUGGCCCUGAGCAGCACUGGUGACGUCUUCAGCUGGGGAUCUGGGAGCAUGGGCCGGCUUGGAUUGGCCUCCACUGGUGAUGUGGCCUGUCCAGAGCAGGUUUGCCCGGGCAAGCCGUUGCGGGGUUGGAUGCAGGAGACCCAGAAGGGGACCUGGGAGUCUCGAGAGGGGAAGCAGGGAAGACAACUGGAGAGUCAAGUACAGGUCCUCGCUUGUGGCGGAAUGCACUCAGCGGCAGUGGAGAAAGAUGGAUCCUGUUGGCUCUGGGGUCAUGGUGAGUAUGGCCAGAACUCUUCAUCCAACGCCCAGGAUUUCUGGAAACCUGUGCUGCUGGCUGCAAUAGACCCUCUUUCAGGCUCCAAGAUCAAGGUUCUUACUGUGGCCCUUGGAAUGGAACACUGCCUGAUGAUCUCCAAGAACUUGGAGCUCUUUGCCUGGGGCCGCAACCACCAUGGCCAGCUGGGCCUGGGCACCACCAAGGACGCCAACGAGCCGACCUUCGUGGCGGCGCUGAGCAAGGUCAGCGCGGUGGCUGCUGGCGAGGACCAUUCGGCUGCUAUCACGCCUGGUGGUGAGCUCUACACAUGGGGCAAUGCCGAAUGUGGCAAACUGGGACAUGGCUCAAGCAUGAUCCGCAGCUCCAUGGGUUUCCCAAAGCAGGUGAAGAUCGAGAGCCGCAUGAAGUCAGUAAGCUGUGGGGCUACCCACACAGCAGUCAUUGGCAGCAAUGGGGAGCUGUUCACUUGCGGGGCGGGCUGGUUCGGCCGCCUGGGCCAUGGGGACAUGGACAAUCAAUACUCCCUGAAGCUGGUGCAGACUGUGAUGCCAGAUUUGGGAACAACAGCUGAGUGUCCCAGAUUU